AUAGAAAGUCUAGAAACCGCUGGAGAGGAAAUCCAUGGAUUAAAAAUAUUCUCACUAAGGCGAAGAACUCGGCCACCAGUGUACGGGCUUCUAGCACUGUCAUUGGUCACACUAAUGAAGUUCUCAAUAUUGCUCCAAUUUAUUUCGAAAAUUUGGAAACAAAAAUGAUGAGAAAAGUCUUAUUUAUACUGAUAUUGGCAACUGCCAAGGGCCAAAUGAUGGAUCUCUUUCAUCGCGAUUUGGUUGCUCUGGGCGCUGCGUGUUCGACCGGGGGGUUUUGUAAUGGUAGUGAUUACCAUAGCGAAGAGUACCAGAGUGCAGAAAAAUGUAAUUGUGAUGACCUGUGCGCGGAGUAUGGCGAUUGUUGUCCUGACUCCGUCCACUACAGACGGGAAGAUCAGGUCCUGCCAGAGAGGUACAAGUGUGUGACCGUGGAUAAUGAGGAUAAUGACAGGUUUUACAUGAAGAACGUGUGCAUGUCAGGGUGGGAGGACGAGGAGGUGGCCCAGCUGUGUCUGGUGGGCUCUCCGGCAGACAUCUCCAGGAGCAGGGACCCGCUGGCCCACCUCCCCGCCACCAGCAGCACCACCUCUGUCACCUACACCAACUACUACUGCGCCGUUUGCAACAACGACUCCCGUCACCUCACACUCUGGAAGACACAACUGGAAUGUGUCGACAGUAUGGAAUAUUAUCCAGGUCAGCCGGAUAACUUAUCCGGAUACAUAACUUCUCAUUUAAUAUUCGAUAACGGAUCUUGGGGUGCAUUUAUUCCCGUUAAUGGUAGACAAAUAUUUAAGAAAUGUAAUAUUAACAUUAAAAUCCCCGAUAUUCCAGUUAAUAUUAGGAAAUGCGACUCCACCAUCAAGACGUGUGCUGAGAACUGGACGAACGCUUCUGUCGCUGCUCUGUGUUACUCCUACACAGCAGUGAGGUAUUGGAGAAACGUGGCCUACAGGAACCCCCACUGUCUUCUGUGUAACUGGAAAUAUGCCUCUCCAUUGAAUUGCUUUAUAAAUCCUUAUCUCAAGCCACCUGCUUUCUCUCUAUUAAUUGAUUUUGGUUACCACAGCACUGGUAAUAAUGUCGGAAUUGUAAACCUUUGCCAGCCCGGCGAAGUUUAUGAUAAAUUUUUAAAUAAGUGCAGAAUAUUUUUGUGGAGGCACAUAAGUGAGGUAGACAAGGACGACAAGCGUUAUCAAGACGACAAAAAGGUGACAACCAUCACACCGGAUUCCUCAGCUUGUUGUUCACACAGCACAAGGAAAGCCUUUCGUAGCAAUACAGUGUCUAGUGAAUCAAAUGAAACACUUAAUUGUGAUAAAAUACUUCUUUAUGAAGGCGAAUUCACGUUGAACGAGAAGAGAAUGGUAACUGUAGAAGCUUACGCUCGAAGUUACCAGGUGGGAGAGUACGAGGUAACUGAAGGUGGCGUCCUUGUGUGCAUGCCACAGGAACUACCAGAGAAGUUCUCCUCGGUGUUGGGUUGGGUGUCACUGGCGGGUCUUGGGCUGUCCUGCCUGUGUCUCCUGCUGCACCUGGCUGUCUUCCUCUUGCUGCCUCGUCUUAGGAACCUCCCGGGCAAGUGCUUGGCGUCCCUCUGCCUCUCUCUUCUCACCGCCUACACCAUCUUCAUCCUCAGCACCUUCCUCGAGCCUAAGACGACAGGAUGUUACAUCUCGGCAGUCAUAAUGUAUUACUCCUUCCUCGCCGCCUUCUGCUGGAUGAAUAUCAUGGCCUUUGACGUGUGGCUGACAUUUCGACAAGCUAAAGACGAGCUGCGAGUGUCAACAGGGCGACAGCGAAGCAAGUUCUUAUUCUACAAUGUGUACUGCUGGCUGCUUCCCGCCCUGGCUGUGGUGGUGACAGUAACCCUUGACAAGACCGCCCCUGUAGGUCUGUCCCCUCAGUUCCUGCCCAGCUUUGGUCAACGUUGGUGCUGGUUCGGGAAGCGCAAAGCCUUAUUGGUGUUCUUUGGUGCUCCGUUAUUCACAGUCAUGGCUCUCAAUGUUGUGUUUUUCCUUGUUACUUCAUACACCAUCGGUGCCAGCAGGGAGCCGACGCUGCGAAAGAGUUCGAGUCCACAAAAUAAGAAACAGUUUGUGCUGUAUGUGCGACUGGCCGUGCUGAUGGGCCUCACCUGGAUCACUGGCAUCGUGGCUGGCUACCUGCAGCUGCAGGUCGUCUGGUACGUCUUCGUGGUCCUCAACACCCUGCAGGGAGCCUUCAUCUUCCUGACCUUCACCUGCAGGAGCAAGGUGUGGAGGGACGUGCAGGAGCGCUGCCGGUCUUGUCUUCAGCAAGUUGUUUGUCAUCCUGAUCCAGAUAUACUGUUGCCAGGGUCAGGGCAGGAGGGGUUCAGCGUCGACAGUUGUCCCGCCUCUGGGCACACGGAGUCAGACAACCUGUAGCGCCGCCUGGGCCUCCGCGGCUCAUCAUUGGGCACACACCAGCGCUUCGUACACAUAUAUACAAAGGUUUCUGGUUGCAUUAGACAGACGAACAAGUGAGCCCUUUGAGGAUAUAAUCUUUGCCAGAUACACAGACAGAAGUCACACUGUCGUGAUGCAUCAAUGAGAAAAUCCUCGAAAGCCGUGAUGAGGGUUCGAACCUUGGCGCUGGGUGUUCCCUGGCACACUCUCUAGACAACUGCGCCGCGACAUGGUCAAAUGGAUUGCAACCUGGGAUACUACGGAACCCACGACGGUUCCUGAGGCUUUCACUGAAGGAGCUCUUAGAUUAGUUUCUUAAAAGUUGUUGAAUGUCAACCCAAUAUUUUUUCAGUAGUUGUUUAUGAAAACGGCUGCAAUUGUUCCACGUUUCAGUACUGCAGCCUAAAUAGGAAUGGAGAUUUAAUAUUUUUUUGUUUCAACAAAUAUUAUACAUUUUCAAGUGAGUUCAAACCUUUCGAAUUUUCCGAUAAAAUCAUUCUAUGACACUGUUCUCUGUUCUGACACAUUAGCAUAUAAUAAAGGAUCUGUAGUAAUGGAUUUUC